AUGACUAACAUAUCCGACCUGAAGUAUGCAUGUGAGCGAGGUCAGUUGCAGGUGCGAAUCUUGGGCAAAUGCAAACCAAACUACCGUCACUAUGAAACAUGGUAUCUUGGUGUAGACAAAUAUGGAGAUGUCAUACAGAUUUUGGGACAAAGGACUAACCAGGGGUACGUAGAAUCAAUUUUUCAUAUCUCUAGCUGCUAUACAAUAUCAGAGUAUACGUGUCCCUAUUUAGAUGAAUAUCAGAAAGUUCUAGAAAAUGAAAUCUAUGUGGAUGUCGGCCUUGCUUCCAUAAUUCUUCCCCUUCCCGACACCAUCACAAUUCCUACAACCUGGUUUCGAUUCAUCUCCAAAGCCCACCUCCUUCAGCUAGGUGAAAACCCCCUGUAUUAUCCAUUAUCCAGAAAGAUCAGAAAUUGCACAAAGCAUGAUGGAGAAGAAUUCAUUCUUCUAAUUCUUGCAGAUGAAAGUGGUAAUGAAAUAACAAUCAGUUUAUGGAAAGAAUGCAUUAAUAUUCCUGAAAAAUUCAGACGCGAAGAGUUGGCAGCUCCCCCUGCAACAACAGUCGUGGCCAUUACAAAUUUAAAGACUUCAACAAUUGUUGCUAACAAUAACAGCGUCACCUGA